UUCUGGAUCUUAUCUCGCGCGCGCGCACACGCGCGCGCGCGCGCACCCCUCAUCUUUUAUUCUCGUCGAAGACUUCUCUGAAAACAAUCUUCCGAUGUUGUGGCUCUUGCAACCCCUAGCGCGGACACAACGAACCAUCUUCACCGAGAGCUGAACCAUCUUCACCGAGAGCUGAUCCAUCUUCACCGAGAGCUGAACCAUCUUCACCGAGAGCUGAACCAUCUUCACCGAGAGCUGAACCCUCUUCACCGAGAGCUGAACCAUCUUCACCGAGAGCUGAACCAUCUUCACCGAGAGCUGAACCUCAACGGCGGCCCGCUCCGCGAUUUCAAACUCCAACCCGUGGUACCCCCCGCCGCCAGCGCGCGCCAUCAUCGAUUUCGACAUCGUCAAAAGCUCCCUAACCCACCAACACCAACAACACCACCAUCACAGAUAAUCAUCACCGCAGCCAUGGCUCAGAGCUUUGUGACCGCAAUGAAAUUCGCGAAGGCUCAAAAGGCCGUGCUCGGGAACAGCGCGGUGGCCGUGCUGACCGGAUCCUUCGAGCAGAUCUACCAGAGCGCCACUUUCAAGUGCCCCUGCUCGCCCGGCGUCAGCCAGAUCUACGCCUCCACCUCGCUGCUCGUGCCGGCCCUCGUCCUGCUCGCCAUGGGCUACACGGCCAACGCGAGGACGUGGAAGCUGGUGACCGGCUGCUGCUCCUUCAGGCCCGUCCGUGGCUUCGGCGGCCUGCGGAGGUUCCUGCGGAUUUUGCUGUCGGUCACGGGCAGGGCUAUCGUGGCACCAGUCGCUUGGCUGCUCGUGGCGCUGUUUGACGGCAGCUACUACGUGUGCGGAGUGAGCCCCUACGCCACGCAGGUAAAGAACGGCUUCCUGGGAGGGUGGCUGCCGACGGUGGCGGACGGCCUCUCCCACCUGCCCGAGCCUCUGGCCAAGAUGAAUCAUUCGCAGCUGGCGCCGAUACUGGCGGCCCUGCCGUGCCGGAGGCCGGACGGCAUCUCUGCGUCUUCGAGCGACCAGAUCUUGAGGCAGCUGGCGAUCCAAUCUCAGCUCUGGGGCUGGUUCUUGCUGGCCACGGCCGUCGUGCUCGCGAUGAGCUGCAACUGCCUGGCGUACUGCACGGCGCCCGUCAGCUACCUGCACCUGCAGUACUGGCGGGGGUACAUCGAGGCGGAGGGAGAGCUCUUUCAGAAGCGGGCAUCGGAGCACUCCAGAGAGCUCGCCUCGAAGAACGUGGACAGGUUCUUCCAGAGAGAUGCGGGGGGUAGCCCCUUGGCGUCGAACCCCAGCAUCGACGACUGGAAAUCCGCGUCGCGCCUCUACGUCUUCCACGAGGGGCAGCCGCUGCGCUACAGCACCCUGGACAGCUGGGCGCAGAAGGGCGCCCAGCUGCCGGCGGGGAAGGAGGGUGCGGCGGGCGGCGUGGCCUCGCCCGAGGGGGAGAUCGAACCCUCGCUGGCGUUCGUGGACGGCACGCGGCUCCUCCGGCUCAGAGACGCCCUCUCGGUGGACAGCGAGACGGAGCCACUCAACGGCAAAGCCACAAACAUUUGAGCCGACGAGGAGGAGCGUGAAGACGAAGCGACGAGGGGGA